AUGCAAAAAGCUCAAGAGGAGUCGGCGCGAGUUGAGAGUCUUCUUGAUGAGAUUGAAAACACCCAACAACAAAUCGAAGCAUGUCUGCUCACCGGGCAAACGACAGAAGCCGAUUUGGAGCGGCUGCAAGAAGUGAUGUCCCGCAUUGAUCACUACAUUCCAAUCGUGAAGCGGCUAGCUGGAGACGUGGUUUCGAUUUGUGAGCGGAGUGAUGCUUUGAGGAAACGAGUCAUCAAUCUAGCAAGCAAAAUGAAGAUU